AUCCCCAUCAUCUUGGCCGCAUACAAGGAUGCCGCCCAGCGACCAGGGCGAGGACAGUGGCAUGCCAGCGGACAAGGGCCCCAUUCACCGCGUCGAGUUCAGCGAAAAAGCGGGGGACGAGCAGGACACAUCACCUCCCGUCGACAUUGUCGUGCCCGAUGAUGCGCCGCUCAUCCCGGACGAGCCCACAAAGCCGCCCCCAUCAUAUGCAGCCCCUCCUGGCUCACCACCGACUCACGACGUCAUCAACUACCACGAGCACUUCGACGACUGGCCGGACCAGAUGAUGCUUAAUGCAGCGAGUGGCAGUGGGACGCGGGAUGCCUCUGCGCCGUAUUCAGCUCCUUCCUCUUCGAUUCUACGCUCAGCCCCUGGAUUGGUGGAUCACAAGCACCUCUUUGACACAGAAGCGACGUGGUACAGCGUACGACCCGCACUCACAGCUGUGCGCCCUCGACGCGAGUCCACACCUGGCUCUUCGGGCUCGACGCCAUCUUCGACUGCUGUAGCGCUGGAUCAUGAGCUGCGCCAGUUGACGCAGGGCGAUUUAGAGGAUGCGAAACCAUGGGCGCAGGCGCUCUUCUGCCCGGCGAGGAUGGAGUGGAUGUUUCUCGCGCGAAAGGAGGAUGUUGUGCUGGGCGGCGAGGCGGGAGCGAGUACGACUCUACGCGAGCCGUUGUACGAGGUGCGCGAGUUGCUGGACAUCGAGACGAGCUCACCGAUACCCACCGCCAUCAUCUCGCCGGAGCAAGGCAGAUUGCGCUCCAAUUGGGCAGGCCCGUGGAAGGAGCUGCGGGAUGUGAUGAGCGGUCAGACGUUCCUGGCUACGGUCAUUCCGUCGAGCAUACCGAUUACCCUGCUAAACAAGCUCAGGAAGGAGCGCAGAGAGCAUCCGCCAGUGGGUCAAAGCGGCGAUGAGGCCUUUGUGAGCACAAUGAGGGUGUUGGUGCGCAUAUUACUGAACGCGGGCAAGAGCGACACGCGCGUGUUGCCCUUGACCUCGAGGACCAUUACGAACAAACUCGGCUACGACGACGUCAUGCGCGAGAUUCUGCGCUGCUGCGGCAUGAUACAGACGACGACGGAGGCAACGGGCCAGCCUGCGCUCAAGGCGUCCGCAGAGGACCCCGACUUGACGCUGCGCAACUUGAUCGAGGUCGUAGUGUGGUUUCAGCAUUUCAAGCCGCGUAGCGACGCGAGUCUCAACACGGACGACCUGGGAUUCACCAUCCAUGCCGAGCGCACCGGCGCAUCAGCCCUCUCCCUCGCCCUCCUUGACCCGCAAACAGAGUUGUGCGACCUCGCUCAAGUCGGUGGCGCAAAUGAGGCCUAUGACGGCAUAGGCGCAUCUCCUCGAGAAGACGAGUCCGUCCUCCUCCGCCUCUACAACAUCAACAAGUCGAGAAUGCCCGCGCAGCACCGCCUCUUCUUCGAAUGUCUCACGCAUAUCAACAAACACCGCGGAGAAGAGUGCGACGGAGUAGUACUCGCAAUCGCCCAGGAGAAGAGCAACGGAAUGUUCACGGCUCAAGAGCUCAGCACGGCGUACACUGAUUUUGGAUUUGAUGCAGAGGAGGGGGCGCGAGGCGUCGUCGAGGUGGACAAGAUCGCAGCCGCAUACAAGCACGCCCUCGAGAAGAGUAGCAACACCGAGGCAGCCAGGCACAGCCGAGACCAACUGCGUGUAAUCGCCGCGAGCCUCAACGACCCUCACGCGUUGAUGGAGGCGUGGCGCACACCGAUUACGAUGCCCCUCGCCGAGGCUUACCGCGUGCUGGAGAUUAACGAGCACGAGGCGCCCGACGAUUCCGUGGGCGCAUACUACAGCGCUGCGCAGCUGGACGCGGUGGGUGAUGCCGUCAAGGAGGCGCGACUCAAGGAAGCUCUGGGCGUCAUUGCGAACCACCGCGACUCCAAGGCGCUGUGGCGAGUGUAUGCGGGCGAGGAGGGCGACGUCGAGGAGGUGGACGUGGAGUUUGGCAAGGCUGACCUGCCUGCGGGCCUCAACAACAUCGGCAACACGUGCUACCUGAACAGCGUGCUGCAGUACUUUUUCGCGCUCAAGCCCGUGCGCGACGGCGUCGUCCGUGCGGCGAAGGCAAAGGAGCAAGGUGCGAGGGGUGAGAAGAAGGUGGGAGGGAGAGUGGUGUCGGCGUACGAGGUGGAGCGGUCCAGCAAGUUCGUCGCCUGCCUCGCCCAGCUAUUCGACGCCAUGAUCACUAGCCCCGCAGCAGCCGUCACGCCCGAGCGCGAGCUGGCCUACCUCGCCCUGGUCUCGGCUCGCGUCGAGGAGCUCGAGAAGGAGCAGAGCGAAGUCGCGACGGCGCACGAUGGCCUACCCUCGUCCAAGCAAGCUCGACUCGAAGAGACGCCCGGCAUGGAUCUCGACAAGAAGGCCGAGGCGAAAGAGGCCGAGGAGCAGGCUGGAGAUGACAGGAGAGAGAGUGGCGCCGACGCCGCGAUGAAGGAUGAGAACGCCCCUCCCCCUCUCCCCCCUCGCCGCAACGGCACGGACACGCCACGCCACGCCGCCGUGGAACGACGCAUGCAGCUCGGCGCACAACAAGACGUGAGCGAGUGUCUCGACAACGUCUUGUUCCAGGUCCAAGUGGCUCUGGGCGACGACGAUGAGAUCGCACGCCUGUUCACCGGCAAGACUCGCCAACGCGUUGUGCGCACACAGACCGCCGAAGAGGCCGCGCACGUCAAGGAGGAGAUUUUCACCAUUCUUCCCGUCGAGGUGCCGGAGGAGGAGGGACGCGACAUCUACGACGGGCUUGACGGCUACUUUGAUGAGGAGGUGCUGCCAGCGAGCGAGGCGGAGGGGUCCCGACCUGGCACGCCGUCGUCCACCGUCAAGCGCACUGUCACCCUGCUGGAACCGCCGCCGAUCCUUCAGAUCCAGCUGCAGCGCGUUUUGUUCGACCGCACACGCGGCGUCUUCAAGUCGCAAGCCCACCUCGAAGCGCCCGAGGACCUCUACUUGGACCGCUACCUCGACGCGGGCGAUCCCCGCCAAGCACAAGGAGCGCAAUAUCGCCGCGAGAUGCUGGCCUGCCGCGAGAGGUUGGAGGAGCUGGGCGCGGGCAGCGUGGCGACUACCCUCCGCAAGACGAGCAAAGCGCUCGAUGACCUCGCACUGAGAUCGCAGGAUGACUCGCCUCUCUCCACGCUCCUCCGCGACGCAAAGUUGCAGGGGCUGAGCACCUUCCUCGGCGAAGAGGCCGAGCGUGUCAGCGGUGAGGUAAAAGGGCUGCGCACCCGCCUACGCACCAUCAAACGCGACAUUGAAUCCCUCUGGUCCGGCGCCACCCACUUACACUAUCGCCUCGUCGCCGUCUUCCAACAUCGCGGGCAGGCCUCACACGGCCACCACUGGAUCGAAAUGCGCGGCGGCGACGACUCGCGCUGGUUCAAGUACAACGAUACCGUCGUCUCCCGCACCACGGCGCGUGAUGUGCUCAUGAAGGAUACAGCGACGGGAGCCACGCCCUACCUGCUUUGCUACGUGCGAGAAGGGGCAGGUGACGUCUUUGAGAGUCUGUGCAGGAAGAUUGACGCCCCAAUCGUGGAGAGGAGGCCGAGCCCCUCAACGAGGAGAGAGGUACCCGUGCCGCCCUCGGUGAGGAGGGGAAGCGCCACGACACUACCCAUCAACACGACGAUACCUGAUAGCGGAGAUGGGUGGGCGAUGAUGCCGAGGGAGGGGAGGGAGGAGAAAAAGGCGAUGGUAGAGAGUAAGAGUGAAGAAGGUCAGUCAGGCCAGGCCAACAAUGGCGCUGGCACCGCUGCGCCUGACGGCCACCUGGCCGAUGUCGAGAUGAUAGAUUGAACUCCGUCCAAGGGCCAAACGAGCUAAUAGCCCGCAGCCUGUCCAUCUAAUUGAAUACAAAAUCGUGUCAUCUCCGAAC